AUGGAAAGUCCAGAUUGCAGGGAUUCUCUGGUCACAGUGAUCCCUGAAAAGGUCCGUAUGAAAAGAAAUAUCGGGCUGAUUAGAGGGACAUCUCUCAUAGUCGGAAGUAUAAUAGGAUCAGGAAUUUUCAUUUCCCCGAAAGGUGUGCUUCAGAGAACAGGAUCCGUUGGUUUAAGUCUUGUUGUUUGGACAGUCAGUGGCUUUAUUUCUUUAAUGGGUGCGUUGUCUUACGCUGAAUUGGGUAUCAUCCUACCAAAGUCGGGAGGAGAAUAUAUCUACAUCAAAGAAGGCUUGGGAGAUAUACCUGCAUUCCUGUAUGCCUGGAUAUCAAUUAUUGUCAUUCGAACCUCCUCUAUAGCUGUCGUUGCUUUGACAUUUGGGGAAAAUAUGGCCACUCUUUUCCAGUACUGUGGAUCCCCAGUCCUCCCAAUUAAGAUUGUGGCAGCAGUCGUUAUUGUAACCUUGGGAGUUAUCAACAGCUACAGUACCUCGUUAGCGGGAAGGACUCAGGUUCUAUUUACUUUUGUAAAACUAACAUCCCUAGCAGUCAUUUCCAUCGGAGGAAUCGUCAAGCUUAUGCAAGGAAACACAUCUCAAUUUAAAAACAGUUUUGAAGGUACGACCUCGCCCUCCAAUGUUGCAAUGUCGUUUUACAACGCUGUCUUUGCUUACGGUGGAUGGCAAAAUCUUAAUUUUGUGACGGAAGAACUGAAAAAUCCAGUCAAAGACUUACCUCGCACCAACAUUCUAGGCUUGAUGGUCACCACAAUUGUUUACCUGCUUGUAAACAUUUCAUAUCUUACAGUUAUGACCUCAACAGAGCUUGUAAAUUCCCCAGCAGUUGCCGCUACAUGGGGUGACCGUGUUCUGGGGACGGCUUCCGUGCUGAUGCCAUUGUCUGUGAUGUUCUCUACAUUUGGUGCCGCAAAUGGAGCCCUUUUUGGAGGAGGAAGAGCACUAUAUGCGGCAGCAAGAGAAGGACACUUUCCUGAAGUAUUGUCAUACAUACAUUGUAAAUAUUAUACACCAUUUCCAUCAAUUAUUUUCACGAUAGUGAUCUCGCUGUUUAUGGUCAUUCCGGGAGAUAUCGGAUCUUUGGUAGACUUUCUGAGCUUCACGACCUGGCUGGUGUACGGGAUGACAGUGUCAUGUCUAGUCAUAUUCCGCUUCACGAAGAAACAUGUGGAAAGACCCUUCAAGGUUCCAGUUGUGAUACCCGUGUUGUUUGUGCUGAUCUGCAUAUAUCUUGUGAUUGGACCACUUAUAGAAAAUCCACAAAUUGAAUUUCUCUACGCUUUCUUGUCCAUCGUCGCGGGGCUUUUCUUCUACUUCCCAUUUGUAUACUUUAAAGUGAAGAUAAAAGGUUUCGAGCUGCUAACAACAUCAGUACAACUACUUUGUGAAGUGGUUCCCUGUCCUUAUGAACCGGAAACCUGA